AUGAGCUCAGAAGUUGAAGGAAACUGGGAUAUAAUAAUAACAUCACUACAAGAUAUAUGCACCUCCAAUGAAAGUCUACCAUUUGAUUCAAUCCAUGAUAUCAACCAGAAUCAAGACGAACAACAAGAAGAAUACUACAAGUCCCUCACACUGCAAGAAUUAACCAAGUUGAAACAAGAUAUCAUUGACCACAAAUCAAAUAUCGGUACAGCCAAGAGACUUAUCGAUACGUCAAUGGAAAAUAUAUCUCGAUUGAUUGAGUAUUUACAGAAGGAUGAGUUGAAGAAGAAACAACAACGCGAGAAGGAAAAAGAGCAUCAACAGCAGGGUGCAAAAGGUACUGGUGCGGGUGCGGGUGCGGGUGCGGGUGCCGAUGAUGGAGACGAGGAUGGUGAAAAUGAAGAUGAGGUACCUAUCGCAUCAACUACGAAACGAAGGAGAGCAUCUUCGGCGUCGUCAACAUCGUCCAAACCCGGUUCACCAAUGGCCUCAGCUUCAACGGCCCAUCACAGACGAGGUGAAUCAGCAAAGCCAAUCACUGCAUCACAAGCAACUACAUCAUCAAAGAUUUCCGGCAAAGGGGGUAAAUCCAGCGGCGGCAAAGCCAGCGCAAGUAAAGCUAGUGGAGGUAAAGCCAGCGGUGCAACAAAUAGUGGCACUGGAGCUAUAGGCAAGGGCAAAAAAUUGAAAAAAGUGGGCCGAUCAUACUGGACCUCAAAAUACAAUCCAUCGGAACCUAUAUACAUUGGCAGCGAAGUAGCGUUCAAACUACGUAAUCGAAUCAACGAAUGGAUCCAGUGCGAAGUUGUUAAAAUCAUUGGCGAUGGAAUCAAAUUUGAAAUCAGAGACCCUGAACCUGAUGAAAAUAAUAACCCGGGACAUACAUUCCGCGCCAAUUAUAAGGAAGUUUUACUUAUCCCCACGGAAGACAUGCGAUACGAUUUGAUUAAUUAUGCUUAUGGGACCAGAGUUCUUGCUCGGUAUCCUGAUACAACGACUUAUUAUGCUGCUAUUGUUGUGGGGCAUAAGAAGGAUGGCAAUGUGCGGUUAAAGUUUGAUGGAGAGGAGGAAGUGAAUAAGGAAUGUGAAGUGGAGCGCCGAAAAGAGGAGCAUGAUGCCGAUAUCUAUGCUCGAGUCGUUGCUGAUGCCGACACCAUUACCAUUACCGAUGACGAAACAAAGAGACGAAAUUCAGCCGUUCUGGCACAUGUUCAAUCUCCACACCAGUCGAUUACCGAUGAUUUUGAGAACUUCCAUUACUUGGUAACGAAGAGUAGAGACCAUGAUCGGUCCCCUGUAAGAGACAGAGAAAGAUCGCCAAUCAGAGAUAGGUCUAGUAGAGAUGGUGGAUCUUCGUCAAAUGAUAGAGACUCGUAUGGUAGAAGAGAUUAUGGCGGAUCGAGUUAUUCAAGAUCCUCAUAUGGUGAUAGAAGAGGAGGAGGUGGUGGUAGAGGAUCAUCAUCUUAUGGUACAUCUAGAGGAUCAUCAUCGCAUGGUGGUAGUGGAUACCGUGGAGGUAGCAGUAGAGACUAUUCCUCAAGAAAUUACGGUUCCAGAAGUAGUGAAGUUGAAGGUGAUGCAGGAUAUCGCUCAAAAACUGAAAGGAACUAUGAUAAUUCAAUUUUCAUUGGUAAUAUACCAUUUGAUUCGCUGUCGAGAGAUAUUGAGGAUAUUUUCAGAAAUGACUUUGAUAUAGUUCGUGCUGAUAUCGUCACUAAUAGAGGUAGGUCAAGAGGUAUGGCCACUGUUGAAUUUAAAACCAAACAAGAUGUUACCAAAGCAAUCAGUAAAUAUGAUAGAUUUGCCUACCAUGGAAGAGAGAUUUUUGUUAGGCAAGAUUACCCACCACCAGACAAGAAAGAUUUCGGAUCAGGAAGAUCUUUUGAUAGGGGUGGUAGUAGGUAUGGUGGUAAUGACUCCCAUUAUGGUAGGGAUAGCUCAAGAGGUGGAUAUAGCUCUGGUAGAAGUGACUAUAGACCUCCGUUGCCACCAACGACUCCAGGAACAGAAGUGUUUGUUGGUAACUUGCCGUUUUCAAUCACUUGGCAAGCACUUAAGGAUAUAAUGAGAAAAGCUGGACAAGUAGCUAGAGCUGAUGUCAGGUUGGAUGAAUGGGGAAGAUCAAGAGGUUUUGGUACAGUUGUGUUUGAAACCCCCGAGGCAGCCAAUGCUGCAGUGGAGAUGUUCCAAGGGUAUGAAAUUGAAGGCAGGAAAUUGGAUACAAGACAUGGACGUACUGCUAAUCCACCUGCAUCUGGAGAAGCAUCCGCGGCUGCGUCAUCAGUCGGAGGCAAAAAGAACACUGAAUUCACUGAAGGAGUCACUGGUGAUGGAGAAGAAGCCAACGACACCAUAUAUGUGGAGAAUUUACCUUUUAGUACCCAAAAUGAUGAUUUGUUUGACUUGUUUGAAACUAUUGGUAGAGUAACCCAAGCAGAAAUCCAGUAUCAAGAAGAUGGUAGAGCUAGUGGUAAUGCUGUUGUUCAAUUUGAGAUAGUUGAAUCUGCUACUACUUCAAUUAAUGAAUUGAAUGGAUAUGAAUAUGGUGGAAGAAGAUUAAAGAUUUCUUACAAGAAAUUAUGA